GGUCCCAACUGUGAAAUUGACAUAGACGAGUGCGUCUCGAGUCCUUGCCAGCAUAACGGAACCUGCCUAGACAGACCAGGCAACUACUCGUGUCUCUGCGUCAGCGGCACGACUGGUAGAUCGUGCGACGUAGACAUAGACGAGUGUCUCAGUAGUCCGUGUCUCAAUAAUGGCAGCUGUGUCGAUCGAUUAAACGGAUACACUUGCAAUUGCACCAACACCGGAUACACGGGAGAUACAUGUCAGGAUGAUAUCAACGAGUGUGUAUCUAAUCCGUGUAGGAACAUGGGAUUAUGCAAGGAUUUGAUUAACCGGUUCGAUUGCAAGUGCCCGCCCGGUUAUUUAGGCUCCACAUGUCAGGUAGACUUUAAUGACUGCACUCCUUAUUCGCCGUGCCUUAACGAGGCCACUAGUAUAGAUUACUUACUACACGAGGGUUAUACUUGCCAAUGCUCUCCCGGUUUUAACGGCGUCAACUGUAGUCUAAAUAUAGAUGAGUGCCUCUCGUCUCCGUGCCAGAAUGGCGGCACGUGCAUUGAUGACGUCAACAGUUUCCGAUGCGAGUGUCGUCAUGGUUACAGAGAUGUGCUAUGUCAGGAAGAGAUAAAUGAGUGUAACGAAUUGGCGCCAUGCCAAAAUGGCGCGCAAUGUUUCAAUACCCAGGGUGAUUACAGGUGCGAAUGUUCGAACGAUAAUGCUUUUGGCGGCAAAAAUUGCGAUGUUGCAUUAAUCGGAUGUCUGAAUAGUCAGUGUCGGUACGGUUCAACGUGUGUACCGCAUCUAAUCGACGAGUCGCACGGAUACUCCUGCGUCUGCUCUCCCGGAUACCGAGGUUCGAACUGCGAGGUCGGUACGGUGCCCCAGUGUAAUCAAAGGUGCCAAAAUGGUGCCACCUGCUUAGAUCUCUGGGAUGAGUUUCUUUGCUACUGUCCGAGAACGUAUUACGGAGUUACUUGUGAUAUAUGUAAUCCAUGCAUAUCGAAUCCGUGUCUGAAUGCUGGUACGUGCCUUUUCAACUCGAAUCUCUCGGCUUCAAAUGCAUAUACGUGCAAAUGUGAUCGAGGUUAUGUCUGUGUA